AAUAAAAUAAAAAGGAGAAAGAAAAAGCAGAGAGAAUAAAAAAGAGGGGAUGUUGACAAAUAAAUUCAGGUCUCGUUUGUUUAUGUGAUUUUUGGGAUCUUUCCUUUUCUCUCUAUAAACACAAAACCAAAAGAAGUAGACGAAGAAGAAGAAGAAUAAAGGAGAGUUCUUUUUUUUUUUGGUGAGACAGAUAAAGAGAGAAGAGUGGCCCAGUAGAUCGAAGAUGAUGACGAUCUAUUUUCUUCCAUUAAUAGUGUGUUUACGCUAUAGUUAUUAUACCCAGAGACUAUAGAUUCCAAAAUUUUCUUCAGAGCUUUUUUUCUUUCCAUUUAUUUUCUUCUAAUUUCACUUUGUUGAAAACUUGUAAAGUCUUUAUUUUUUUGAUCUUCUGUCAAGGCGAGUUGGCGAUAAGAGGAUGUGGGUUUGAGGAAUGGGAACAAAGAUUCACUGUGAAAGCUUAUUCUCUGGACAUCAUCACUCUAUGAGAGAUCUCAACAACGAGUCUAACGGUUGUAGAUGGCCAUUGUUCUAUGCUGCUGACAAUAGAGAUCAAUUCUACAAUGAUGACAAAGAUGUGGUGAGAAGGACGAUGCUUGAACACGAAGCUGUUUUCAAGACACAGGUUCUGGAACUUCACAGAGUAUACAGGAUACAAAAGGAUAUGAUGGAUGAACUGAAAAGGAAACAGUUCAAUAAAGAAUGGUUUCAAAACGAGGCAUCAUGUUCAUCUCAAGCUACUAAUAAUGAUGAUCUCCGUAAAUGGAAAAUGCCUAGUUUCCCUUUGGCAAACUCGGUCUACGAUAGACCCUCCAUGUCAGUAGUGGAGGAUAAUGGUCCUGUUGUUCCAUGGCAGAAUGGAGCUAGCUCCAAGAAUGUGGAGGAGGUUAGACCGUCGAAAAUCAGGAGAAAGAUGAUAGAUCUUUGUCUUCCGGCUGAUGAGGACAAUGAGGAAGUUGUGGAGUUGAAAGAUCACAGGGUUUCGAGUCAGCUUCCUAAUGGGUAUGGGUCAAGUAGUAGUAGAAGCAAUGGCUUGGCUGAUUUGAAUGAACCAUUUAAGGCUCAAGACACAAACGAGUUUGCUUAUGGCAGUGUAAGGGAGGAUGCUCCUCUGCAUCCAGAUGAGAAUGGCAAACAGAAAGUCUGGCCACAUCGCCCCUUAAGAAUUGGUAAGAUGAUGAUCCACCAAGUCGUAAAUGCAGAUCAUUACCCUGCUACUCAACCGGCCAAGCCAAUGGAUUCAACCUCUCAGCCUAUGCAAGUUUUUAUGAACAGUUCACAAAGAGUAAUGGGUUUACCUAAUCCUAAUCAUGGUCCUCCUCCAAGCUGGAGAGAAAGGACGUUUAUUGACCUAGAAGCUGAUACUGAUGAUACUAACACUAAUCAUGAAUCAAGUUUUGCUUCUCAUCAACCACUCCACUUGUAUCAUCCUCCAGAUUCUGCUGUCCCUUGGAACCAUAUGCAUUCCUCUUGGCAAAAUCCUAGCUUUGGCUUCCCUCAGAGAGUUGCUAGGUACCCGGUUGAUAAUGGUCAGAAGAUACAAGGGUGUCUUGGAGAUAGAUUACCGUUUGAAAGCAAUGGUAGAAGUGAUUACAGGCCGCCGGGAAAUAAUACAUUAUUGGAUUUAAAUGGGUCAGAGGUGAAGUUUGUGAGAGAUUUGAACUUGAAUGUGACACUUUCUUCAAACACUUGUGUUGUUGAAGUUAGUAAGGAUGAAGCUACUUUACCAUGGCUUGCUAAAUCCAAGAGUAAUGAUGCUGUUCCGAGUCCCAAUAUCAAAGAGGAGACAGGAAAGAGUGUUGAGAAUCUUAUACGGAUAGAGAGUUCAAAGUCUGCUUCUUGUUCUAAUAAACCAGAGACUGAGAAGAUCAACAACAUUCCUAGAGAUGAACGCAAUGCAGUUAGGAUGAUGCUAGACAUCAACGAACCACUUUCGGAUGCAGAUCAGCCGAUGGAGGAAGAACAUAUCUGCAACACAAAGAAGGUUUCGGUUAAUAGUGAUAAGUGUCAUAUUGAUUUGAACAUGUCCGUUAUUGAAGAAGAAGAGGAAGAUGAAAACUGGUCUGUUCCUACUACCACUUCAAGACUGAGUUCAAAGACAAUCAUGAUAGAUUUGGAAACUGUUCCCGAGUCUGAUGUUGAAGAAGAAGAUGAUGAUGUCUCUGGAGAUAAUAAACCUUCAGAAGAGUCAGAAACAACAACAGCAGCAGCAGCAGAAACAAUGGUAGCCAUCUCUUCAGCUUGCUUCGAUAGAGAGGUUGAAGCUACAGAAACAAUCAUCCUUCACUGGUUUGCAGAAACAGUAGAUACUCACAGAGAGAACCUAGACCAGAAGCUAGCUUCUCUCUCAAGGAACCAAGCGCGUUCCAUCGAGGAAGUAGAUUACUUCGAGUCAGUGACCUUGCAACUACCUGAGACCACAGAAGAAGAGUACAUGCCUAAGCCAUUAGUCCCUGAGGACAUCGUAUUAGAGGAAACCUCUGCGGUCGUCACGAGCCAAAGACCAAGAAGAGGAAACGCGAGGAAAGGAAAGCAAAGACGAGACUUCCAAAGAGACACUCUCCCUGGACUCGUGUCUCUUUCGAAACACGAAGUGACAGAAGACAUUCAGUUGUUUGAUGGGUUGAUGAGAGCAGCGGGAAGCUCCUGGACUCCAAACGGUUUAGCAAGGAAGAAAACCGGGUCGAGAGGUAGACCGAGACGGGUCGUCACAAUCCCUGAACCGGUGUAUUAUCCGGUUCCUGCUCCUUGUCCCUCGGUUCAAAGCAAGAACGGUGGUGAGAUUGAAGAUGGAAGCUUUGCAGGUUGGGGUAAAAUGACAAGAAGGCCGAGGAGACAACGUUGUCCUUCUUCAACUGUAACUACUACUACAAGUAACCAACGGCACGCGCCUUUCACGUGAUAGUUAGUAUUUGUAUCAUUCCUGUCUGAUUCUUUCCAACGUCGUCGUAUAGAGAUAUUAUAUAUCAUACUGUGAUUUUCAUGGAGGAUUUUUUUUUAAAUAAAAAAUUCGCUUGGUGACA